UGAAGGCAAAUCAGCCGAGCGAGCGUGCGUGCGAGACAACCAGGUCCGAUCCGCCCCCGCUGAGCCGAGGACAGCAGCGGGGGCUCUCGGUCUCCUCCUCCUUCAGAUCUCGCACCCCCUCCAGAUCUCGCGCCCUCUCCGUCCCAUGCCCACUCCCCCUCCUCGGAUCUAACCACUCCGCCCCUCCUCCCGUCUCCGCGGCCGGAGCUGAGAUCCGAGGCCAUGGCGGGCGCCGCGGGCGGGUUCGUCACGCGGGCCUUCGAGGCCAUGCUCAAGGAGUGCGCCGCCAACCGCGGCAAGUUCGCCGCGCUGCAGCAAUCCAUCCAGUCAUACCUCGAUAGCAUCAAGGGGGCUACGGCGGAGGGCGCGGUCAUCACGGAGGCGCUCGCGUCGGCUGGGCGCGUGCUCGACGGGCCGCAGGCCGAGCUGGUGCUGCAGCCGCUCCGCCUCGCCGUCGAGACCAAGCACGUCAAGCUCGUCGAACCUGCGCUCGACUGCCUCCACAAACUUAUUGCUUAUGACCAUUUAGAAGGCGAUCCUGGUUUAGAAGGUGGUAAAAAUUCCCCAUUAUUUACAGACAUCCUGAACAUGGUAUGUGGUUGCGUCGAUAACACCUCCUCUGACAGUACCAUUCUCCAAGUCUUGAAAGUGCUUCUCAAUGCUGUUGCUUCAAAUAGGUUUAGAGUUCAUGGAGAGCCAUUGCUUGGGGUCAUUAGAGUAUGCUAUAACAUUGCUCUUAAUAGCAAGAGCCCUGUGAACCAGGCUACCUCAAAGGCUAUGUUAACCCAGAUGAUUAGCAUUGUAUUCAGGAGAAUGGAAUCUGAGCAGGUUUCUGUAUCACCUGCAAGCUCUGCGGUUAAAGAUACACCUUCAUCUACCACAAAGGAAUCUGAAAAUGGAGAAAUAUCUACUGAUAGCCAAGAUGAGGAAAAAGUUACUCUGGGAGAUGCAUUGUCCAUGAAUCGGCCUUCUGAAGCACCUCCAACAUCUGUUGAAGAGCUUCAGAAUCUUGCAGGUGGAGCAGAUAUUAAGGGGCUGGAAGCUGUUCUAGACAAGGCUGUUGAACUUGAAGAUGGAAAGAAAGUGUCACGUGGAAUUGACCUGGACACUGUGAACAUAAUACAGCGUGAUGCACUAUUGCUCUUUCGAACUCUCUGCAAGAUGAGCAUGAAAGAAGAAAGUGAUGAGGUUGCUACCAAGACAAGGCUGCUAUCACUCGAACUGCUACAGGGAUUGCUAGAGGGAGUCAGCAAUGCAUUCACAAAAAAUUUCCACUUUAUUGAUUCGGUCAAAGCAUAUCUUUCAUACGCUCUUCUGCGAGCAUCUGUCUCUUCAUUUCCAGUUGUUUUUCAGUAUGCUUGCGGUAUAUUUUCAGUUCUGUUGCUCCGGUUUAGGGAGAGUCUGAAGGGGGAAAUUGGUGUCUUCUUUCCUCUGAUAGUUUUAAGGUCUUUGGAUAGCUCUGAUAGUCCCCUCAGCCAGAAGGCUAGUGUUCUUAGGAUGUUGGAGAAAGUUUGCAAAGAUCCCCAAAUGCUUGCAGAUGUGUUUGUGAACUAUGACUGUGAUCUUGAGGGACCAAAUCUUUUUGAACGCACGGUUAGUGCACUCUCAAGAAUAGCACAAGGAUCUCAAAUUGCUGAUACCAACUCCAUUGCGUCAUCCCAAACAGUUUCUGUAAAAGGCUCUUCUCUCCAGUGCUUGGUGAGUAUUCUGAAGUCAUUGGCUGAUUGGGAGCAACUUCGAAGAGAUUCCUCAAAGCAAGGGAGCAUUGUUGAAUCUCGUGAAGAGGAUGCUUCAAGGAGCUUGACAACUGAUGAGAUGAAGAGCCAAGAGGAUGGUCGGAAUCAGUUUGAGAGAGCCAAAGCUCAUAAGUCGACAAUGGAGGCUGCAAUCUCAGAGUUCAAUCGUAAACCAACUAAAGGGAUUGAAUAUUUGUUGUUAAAUAAAUUGAUAGAAAGUAAGGCAUCAUCUGUAGCUCAGUUUCUCAAGAGCACUCCCAGCUUGGAUAAGGCUAUGAUUGGUGAAUACUUGGGACAGCAUGAGGAGUUCCCUCUUGCUGUGAUGCAUGCCUAUGUUGACUCCAUGAAGUUUUCAGGGUUGAAGUUUGAUGCUGCAAUUCGUGAGUUCCUGAAAGGAUUUCGCCUUCCCGGUGAAGCGCAGAAGAUAGAUCGCAUAAUGGAAAAGUUUGCUGAGCGGUACUGUGCUGAUAAUCCUGAGCUUUUCAAAAAUGCAGAUACUGCUUAUGUUCUUGCUUAUGCUGUUAUAAUGUUGAAUACUGAUGCACAUAAUCCAAUGGUAUGGCCUAAGAUGUCAAAAUCAGAUUUUGUUCGUAUGAACACUGCGAGUGAUGCAGAAGAAUGUGCCCCAAAGGAGCUCUUGGAAGAAAUUUAUGAUUCCAUUGUCAGGGAAGAGAUAAAGAUGAAAGAUGAUUCUCAUGAUACUUCAAAAACCACCAAGAGACCUGAAACAGAAGAAACAGGCCGUCUUGUCAAUAUCCUCAAUUUAGCCCUUCCAAGACUGAAGUCAGCUAGUGAUACAAAGGCAGAGAGUGAAAAGAUCAUCAAACAGACCCAGGCACUUUUCAAGAACCAGGGACAGAAGAAAGGUGUUUUUUACGUUGCACAGCAGGUUGAGCUUGUUAGACCAAUGCUUGAAGCUGUAGGAUGGCCUUUGCUUGCAACAUUUUCUGUGACCAUGGAGGAAGGUGACAGUAAGCCAAGGGUUGUAUCAUGCAUGGAAGGGUUUCGUGCAGGUAUCCAUCUUACUCGUGUUCUCGGGAUGGACACCAUGCGAUAUGCUUUCUUGACGUCCUUAGUGAGGUUUACAUUUUUGCAUGCUCCCAAGGAGAUGCGUAGUAAAAAUGUCGAGGCACUGAGGACUCUUCUUGGUUUAGCUGACACUGAUAUGGAUGCUUUACAAGAUACCUGGAAUGCUGUUUUAGAAUGUGUCUCGAGACUCGAGUAUAUCACUUCAAAUCCUUCAAUUUCUGCAACUGUAAUGCUGGGAUCAAAUCAAAUAUCGAGGGAUUCUGUAGUCCAAUCGCUGAAAGAGUUGGCUGGGAAGCCUGCUGAACAGAUCUUUGUAAACAGUGUAAAACUGCCAAGUGAUUCAAUUGUUGAAUUCUUUACUGCCCUUUGUGGUGUUUCUGCUGAAGAGCUAAAACAAACACCUGCUCGUGUCUUUAGCUUGCAGAAGCUUGUAGAGAUAAGCUAUUAUAACAUGGCUCGUAUACGGCUGGUGUGGGCUAGAAUAUGGUCUGUGUUGGCCCAACAUUUUAUUGCUGCUGGAAGCCACCAUGAGGAGAAAGUUGCAAUGUAUGCCAUUGAUUCUCUAAGACAGCUUGGUAUGAAGUACUUGGAGCGUGCUGAAUUAAACAACUUCACAUUUCAGAGUGAUAUACUGAAGCCUUUUGUCAUUUUAAUGAGGAAUAGCCACAACUCAAAAAUCCGAGGUUUAAUUGUUGAUUGCAUUGUUCAGUUGAUCAAGUCAAAAGUUGGUAGCAUAAAGUCGGGGUGGCGUUGCGUAUUCAUGAUAUUUACUGCAGCAGCUGAUGAUGAGGAUGAAUCAAUUGUUGAGAGUGCUUUUGAAAAUGUAGAACAAGUUAUCUUGGAACAUUUUGACCAAGUUGUUGGCGAUUGCUUCAUGGAUUGUGUCAACUGUCUUAUUGGUUUUGCAAAUAACAAGUGCACUCCUCGGAUUAGUUUGAAGGCUAUUGCUCUCCUGCGUAUAUGUGAAGAUCGUUUGGCAGAGGGAUUCAUUCCAGGCGGUGCUGUUAAACCUAUUGAUGUUGUUCCAGAGGCCAAUUUUGAUGUGACUGAGCACUACUGGUUUCCUAUGCUGGCUGGUUUGUCUGAUUUGACUUUGGACUCCAGACCAGAAGUCAGACACUGUGCACUGGAAGUGUUGUUUGAUUUGUUGAAUGAAAGAGGACAUAAGUUCUCUUCUCCCUUCUGGGAGAGUAUUUUUCAUCGUGUACUAUUUCCAAUUUUUGAUCAUGUAAGGCAUGCUGGAAGGGAUGGACUUUCUUCUUCUGGGGAUGAUUGGCUUCGUGAUACUAGCAUUCAUUCACUGCAAUUAAUCUGCAACCUUUUCAAUACAUUCUAUAAGGAGGUAUCCUUUAUGCUUCCACCUCUUCUCAGUUUGCUGCUUGAGUGUGCCAAAAAAACAGACCAAACUGUUGUUUCAAUUGCUCUAGGCGCUUUAGUUCAUCUGAUUGAAGUUGGUGGUCACCAGUUCAGUGAUGGUGAUUGGGAAACAUUACUAAAGAGUAUUAGGGAUGCAUCAUACACAACGCAGCCUCUCGAACUGCUCAAUUCAUUAGGAUUUCAGAAAUCAAACAACCAGCAGUUACUUUCAAGGGAAGAAAGCAAUGCACAUGGCAAUAGUUACCAUGGCAGCCGGGGGGAACCCUCCGUCAGUAAUAAUGGUGAGCAUAGUCAUCCAGAGGCAGAUCCACAAACUAGCCUGGAGAAUUCAGAAGGUUUACCGUCACCAUCAGGGAGAACACAACCUGCUGUUUCCCCACGUGGCCAAAGCUUUGGACAAAGAAUUAUGGGCAAUAUGAUGGAUAAUCUUUUGGUCAGAAGUCUUACAUCCAAAUCAAAAGGUCGAACAGAUGAUAUUGCUCCACCCUCACCUGUGAAGGCCCCUGAUGAUGAGGCUGACAAGGCUGAAGAGGAAGAGAGCCCUAUGAUGGAAACUGUCAGGAGCAAAUGUAUCACACAGUUACUACUGCUUGGGGCAAUUGACAGCAUACAGAAGAGGUAUUGGAGCAGGCUAAAAGCUACACAACAGAUAGCAAUAAUGGAUAUCUUGCUCUCACUUCUAGAGUUUGCUUCUUCGUAUAACUCACCUUCAAAUCUUCGCACAAGGAUGCACCAUAUACCUCCAGAAAGACCUCCACUGAAUCUUCUCCGGCAAGAACUAGCUGGAACAACAAUUUAUUUAGAUAUCCUUCAUAAAUCAACAGUGGAGCAGGAUGAAAAGGACUCCACUGAGGAAACAAAUGGUUUAAAUGUGGAAUCUGGUGACCAGGAAAAGAUCAAGUACCUAGCAGAAGGGAAGCUUGUUUCUUUUUGCGGGCAGAUUUUGAAAGAGGCAUCUGAUCUCCAGCCUAGCACUGGGGAGGCUGCCAGUGCAGACAUACAUCGUGUAUUAGACUUACGGGCACCUGUUAUUGUCAAGGUUUUGAAAGGAAUGUGCAUCAUGGAUGCUCAGAUCUUCAAAAGGCACCUGAAAGAGUUCUAUCCAUUAAUUACCAAACUUAUUUGUUGUGAUCAGAUGGAUGUUCGUGGAGCCCUUGGUGAUCUCUUUAGCAAACAGCUUACUCCACUGAUGCCCUGAAGUAUGGCAGUAUUUCCUCUCUUGCAUAUAUCUUGUUGGAAUAUAUUCGUCAUCAGCAUUUUUGUGCAAACAUGGAGCACCGGUAGGGUGCUUGACAUCCUUAAGGCACAUGUAUGGUGCAACAGCUACUCCCUAGGAAGUUACUAAGAGCUUGGUCAGCGGGAACGGCAAGUCCCUAGGCCACAUUUUUUUUGGAUGACACAAGGGAAGUAGCUUGACUGUUGCGCACACCAUGUUUUUGCUAGUGACUUGUACUUUUGAGCUAUUUAUCUGUGCUCGGACAGGGACGAUGCUUCCAUUAUACAGUAGAGUAGUGUUGGUGAUAUGUACACAUUGUUCAGGACAUUGUACUUGAGGCCUGUUAUUAUAUGGCAAUAGUAGAUUAUUUGCGGCAAGCCUCGUUUUUGUGCGUCUAAUAAAGUGGGGUCCUGAGAAGUAUAGCCUUA